AUGCCGGUGGAGAGGAUGCGCAUGCGCCCGUGGCUGGAGGAACAGAUCAACUCGAACACGAUACCAGGGCUGAAGUGGCUGAACAAGGAAAAGAAGAUCUUCCAGAUCCCCUGGAUGCACGCAGCGAGACACGGCUGGGACGUGGAGAAGGACGCACCGCUCUUCAGGAACUGGGCGAUCCACACAGGAAAGCAUCAACCCGGAGUCGAUAAGCCCGAUCCAAAAACAUGGAAGGCGAAUUUUCGAUGUGCUAUGAACUCCUUGCCUGACAUCGAAGAAGUCAAGGAUAAAAGUAUAAAGAAAGGAAAUAACGCCUUCAGAGUCUACCGGAUGUUGCCCUUAUCCGAGCGGCCUUCUAAAAAAGGAAAGAAACCAAAGACAGAAAAGGAAGACAGAGUCAAGCACAUCAAGCAAGAACCAGUUGAGUCCUCCCUGGGGCUUAGUAACGGAGUAAGUGACCUUUCUCCCGAGUACGCGGUCCUGGCCUCGGCUAUAAAAAACGAAGUGGAUAGUACGGUGAACAUCAUAGUUGUAGGACAGUCACAUCUGGACAGCAACAUCGAGGACCAAGAGAUUGUCACCAACCCGCCGGACAUCUGCCAGGUGGUGGAGGUGACCACCGAGAGCGAUGAGCAGCCGGUCAGCAUGAGUGAGCUGUACCCUCUGCAGAUCUCCCCUGUGUCUUCCUACGCAGAAAGCGAAACCACCGACAGUGUGCCCAGUGACGAGGAGAGCGCCGAGGGCCGGCCCCCCUGGCGGAAGCGGAACAUCGAGGGCAAGCAGUACCUCAGCAACAUGGGCACGCGGAGCACCUACCUGCUGCCCAGCAUGGCCACCUUCGUGACCUCCAACAAGCCCGACCUGCAGGUCACCAUCAAGGAGGAGAACUACCCGAUGCCCUUCAGCAGCUCCUGGCCCCCGUACCCCGACCACCCGCUCGCCGCCUCCGUGAGCCCCGCGCCCGCCGGCGGCCGGCCGGACCGCGAGACCCGGGCCAGCGUCAUCAAGAAGACGUCGGACAUCGCCCGCGUCAAGAGCUGUUAG